AUGAAUAAAUACAAAAUAACUUCAUUGCAAGAAGAAAAAGGUAGAAAUCAAACACCAUACUCUUAUUGGAAAAAUACUCCACACCUAGAAGAUAUUUCACACCCAGAGAUAUUCCAUAUCCAGAAGAUAUUUCACACUCUUAUCAAUAAGAUACCUUAUUAA